AUAAUUUUUAUCUUUUAAUCUUAUGAUUAAUUCAUAAAGGCAGCACCAUGACGGCGGCGAAGAAUUCCGAUGCGGCGGCGUCCGGCGAGCCGCUCCUUGCUGAGCCUUAUCCCCAAUCACCACAAUACGUCUUAGUUUUACCUCCCUACCUUCCCCGCUACCGCCGCCGUCGCGGCAUCCACUUCGAAUCAUGCUUCAGGCGGGUUACUGGAUUCUCUAUCGUCUUCCUUCUCCUCGGCGCCGCUGGUUACGUCCUAUGGCCAUCUGAUCCUGAGCUGUCCAUCGUUCGCGUCAGUCUCGAUCGGUUCAACUUUCGUAUUUCGCCGCGUAUCAGCCUCGAUGUAGCCCUAGACGUGACGAUUAGGGUUUGGAAUAAAGAUUUCUACUCAAUUGAGUAUGACACUCUGGUCGUUGCGAUCGGCUACCGAGGGGAGAAGCUAGGGCAAAUGACUUCGAAUGGCGGGCGUAUUAGGGCGCGUGGGAAUUCCUACGUGAAUGGAACCGUACGGCUCGACGGCAUCGAGGUGUUUGGCGAUGCAAUUUUUUUGCUUGAGGAUUUGUCUAAAGGUGCGAUUCCGUUCGAUACGGUGUCGGAGAUUAAUGGAAAGCUUGGGCUUUUCUUCUUCAACGUGCCUCUUAAGGCGAAAAUCUCCUGUGAAAUCAUUGUAAGCACAAGCAAUCAAACUAUCACCCAUCAAAAUUGCUACCCUAAGGCAUGAAGAGUGAAUCAGUGCAGUUGUUCCCACAGUAUCGAAUUCGGUGCUAUAGCAUGUAUCCGGGUGUGUGUGUGGAUGUAUCUAUUCAAAAGACUUGCAGUGUGUAUAUUCAUGUAAUUAUAUCACUCUGUUACCGUAAUUGAAGCAAAAUUCUGAUAAAUGCCUUUCUAUCAUACAUCUUACAUCCUCGCCAUACACCUGUUAAGGACAUUAAAUAACAGAUGCAUCUAAAUUCCUUUAGCAA